AUGGGGAGCCCCCGGGCCGCGCUUCUCCUGCUGCUCCUGCGCCCGGUCAAGCUGCUGCGGAGGCGCUUCCGGCUGCUGCUGGCGCUCGCCCUGGUGUCCGUGGGGCUCUGGACUCUCUAUCUGGAGCUGGUGGCGUCGGCCCAGGUCGGCGGGAACCCCCUGAAUCGGAGAUACGGCAGCUGGAGAGAACUGGCCAAGGCUCUGGCCAACAGGAACAUUCCAGCUGUGGAUCCAAAUCUCCAGUUUUAUCAUCCCCAGAGGCUGGGCUUCAAGGACCAAGACUCUGAGCGAGGUGGGAGCGCUAACAGCAGCUACCUGAAGUGGAAUAAGCCCGUCCCCUGGCUCUCAGAGUUCCAGGGCCGCGCCAACCUGCAUGUGUUUGAAGACUGGUGUGGCAGUUCUAUUCAGCAGCUCAGGAGGAACCUUCACUUCCCACUGUACCCCCAUAUUCGCACAACCCUGAGGAAGCUGGCUGUGUCCCCCAAAUGGACCAACUAUGGCCUUCGCAUCUUUGGCUACCUGCACCCCUUCACCGAUGGGAAGAUCCAGUUUGCCAUUGCUGCAGAUGACAACGCAGAGUUCUGGCUCAGCCGUGACGACCAGGUGUCAGGCCUUCAGCUGCUAGCCAGUGUGGGCAAGACUGGAAAAGAGUGGACUGCCCCUGGAGAGUUUGGGAAAUUUCGGAGUCAAAUUUCCAAGCCAGUGAGCCUGGCAGCCUCCCAGAGGUACUACUUCGAGGUGCUGCACAAGCAGAAUGACGAGGGCACCGAUCAUGUGGAAGUCGCGUGGCGACGGAAUGACCCUGGAGCCAAGUUCAGCAUUAUUGACUCCCCUUCCCUGUCUCUCUUCACAAACGAGACAGUCCUAAAGAUGGAUGACGUGGGCCACAUCCCUCAGACAGCAGCCAGCCAUGUAGGGUCCCCAGACUCUCUUCCUAGAGAUGAGCAGCCCCUUGCAGACAUGCUGCGACCGGACCCUCGGGACACCCUCUAUCGAGUGCCUCUGAUUCCCAAGGCUCAUCUCCGCCAUGUCCUGCCUGAUUGUCCCUACAAACCCAGCUACCUGGUGGAUGGGCUCCCCCUGCAGCGCUACCAGGGACUCCGCUUUGUUCAUCUGUCCUUCGUUUACCCCAAUGACUACACCCGCUUGAGCCACAUGGAGACCCACAAUAAAUGCUUCUACCAGGAAAACUCAUACUACCAGGACAGGUUCAGCUUUCAGGAGUACAUCAAGAUGGACCAGCCUGAGAAGCAGAAGCCGGAGCAGCCAGGUUUCAAGGAAGGCCUUCUAGAAGAAUCCCAAUAUGGAGAAGCAGUGGAGGAGACCCUUGACUCCAAUGACCAGAAUGCCAGGAUGCCAGAGGGAAAACCAGUGCCCACCUUUACCCCUGGGCAGGAUGUCACUGACUACCGCCUCCGAAGCCUGCGGAAACUCCUGGCUCAGCCCUGGGAGGGUCCACUGACACCCUUUUCCAAGAGGAACUCCACAGCUCCCUUCCCUGUGAGGACCAGUGAUGUCCCAGUCCAACCCCCAGAGAAUCAGGGGAGAAGACCCAGCCCUGGGCCCAGCCAAGAUCCCCCUCCCUCUGAGAAGUGGCCUCCGGGGCAUCUGGCAGGGAACCUGCCUCAAGUCAAGGGGCCCAGGCCCACUGGUGACAGCCCCAGGAAGACGCUAGGACAAUCCCAGUGGCUGAAUCAAGUUGAGACAUACAUUGCAGAGCAGAGAAGGGGGGACAGGAUGGAGCUUCCAGCCCCCAGGAGGGAUUGGCCCGGGGAGGGAGAGGUGGUGGUAGCUGCAGGCCAGGAAGGACAGGCGGAGGGAGAAGAAGAGGGGGAGGAAGAGGAAGAGGAAGAGGAUGUGAGUGAGGUGUUCGAAUACAUGCCCAUGUUUGACCCCGUGGUAAGCUGGGACCAGACCUUCAGUGCUCGGAACCUGGACUUCCAAGCCCUGCGGACUGACUGGAUCGAUCUGAACUGUAACACAUCUGGCAACUUGCUGCUUCCAGAGCAGGAGGCUCUCGAGGUCACACGCGUCUUCCUGAAGAAGCUCAACCAGAGGAGCCGGGGGAAGUACCAGCUGCAGCGAAUUGUGAACGUGGAGAAGCGCCAGGACCAGCUACGUGGAGGUCGCUACCUCCUGGAGCUUGAGCUGCUGGAACAAGGCCAGCGCCCAGUGCGGCUCUCCGAGUAUGUGUCUACACGAGGCUGGCAGGGCAUCGAUCCAGCUGGUGGGGAAGAGGUCGAGGCCCGGAACCUGCAGGGCCUGGUUUGGGGCUCACACAACCGCCGGAGACAUGUCUUGAAUGUCCGGGCCCCAGAGCCCAAGCUGUGUUGGCCCCAGGGCUUCUCCUGGAAUCACCGAGCCGUGGUCCACUUCGUUGUGCCUGUAAAGAACCAGGCGCGCUGGGUACAGCAAUUCAUUGGAGACAUGGAAAAGCUGUUCCAGGUCACCGGUGACCCACACUUCAAUAUCAUCAUCACGGACUAUAGCAGUGAGGACAUGGACGUCGAGAUGGCCCUAAAGAGGUCCAAGCUGCGGAGCUACCAGUACAUGAAGCUAAGUGGAAACUUUGAGCGUUCAGCUGGGCUUCAGGCUGGCAUAGACCUGGUGAAGGACCCACACAGCAUCAUCUUCCUAUGUGACCUCCACAUCCACUUCCCAGCUGGAAUCAUCGAUACCAUCCGGAAGCACUGUGUAGAGGGCAAGAUGGCCUUUGCCCCCAUGGUGAUGAGGCUGCACUGCGGGGCCACCCCCCAGUGGCCUGAGGGCUACUGGGAGGUGAAUGGGUUUGGACUGCUCGGCAUCUACAAGUCAGACCUGGACAGAAUCGGGGGCAUGAACACCAAGGAGUUCCGAGAUCGCUGGGGUGGGGAAGACUGGGAGCUGCUGGACAGGAAGUUACUGGAAGAUAUGCUCCACCAUACCAAAGCAGUAAAUCAAGGAAGCAGAGGACAUGGAAUCCACAGGACUAUGGGUAGAGUUACCUUGGUCCUAACCAGAAUGGAGGAGAAAGGAAGGAAGGAAGGGUGGAGGAAGAAUGGAGCAAUGAAAUGCAUGCAAGGAGAAAGAAGAGUCAAACCAAGAGGGUCCUCUUUGGCUUCCACUCCUCUUGGGGUGCGUUUUUAA